AUGUCAGCGGGGUUGAGUGCCUCAGAAACGGCGGAGAUCGACAAGGAAGUAUCUAGAGAAGCGCAGCGUAUAAAUCAAGAAUUGGAAAUAGAGCGUAUACUUAAAUCAUUCAAGCUUAAUCCAUUUGAAGUACUUGAUAUCGAUUAUGGCGUCGAUGAUAAGACUAUUAAGGCAAUUUACAGAAAGAAGUCCUUGCUCAUACACCCUGAUAAAGUAAAGCAUGAGCGUGCGGUCGAAGCUUUCGAUUUGCUGAAGAAAGCCGAGGCUGUGCUUAGUACUCCGGAAAAGAGGUACAAAAUAGACUGCGUCGUCUCCGAUGCAAGAAUGUUCCUCAUAAAGGAUCUCAAGUUACCACUGGGUGUACAUGAUGAUCAUCCAUCGAUUAAGGAAUUGCAUCCGCCGUUUAAACUCCAAGUCAAGGAGAAAAUGAAACAUUUGAUGGUUGAGGAUGAGUUGCGGAGGCGAAGGGCUAUCAAGACACAGCUAGCCAAUGAAGGUGCAGAAGCUCGCAAGAAGGAUGAAGAGAUUGAUAGUAAAAAGCGCAAAGCCGAGGAGAAAAAGGAUUGGGAGUCCAACCGCGAUAACAGAAUAUCAGAUUGGAGAUCAUUCCAAAAGGGCGACAAGGAUAAAAAGAAGCGUAAAAAGGAGAAGAUGAAUGUAUUAGGAUGA